AUGUCUCGAUUCACACUCUCGCUGCCGCCAUCGACACGGAGUGCUUGCAGUAUCACUAGACCAGCACUCUCACGGAAUUUCACACAAACACGCUCUCUCAAACUUUUCGCCUCAUCAAAGCACGUCCUCCGUAGAUCUACCUGCCUGGUGACUGGCGCCUCUCGCGGCAUCGGCCGUGCCAUUGCAAUUGCUUUGGCACGAGAAGGAGCCGGCUGUCUUCUGGUUGGCCGGGACGAGUCCGCUUUGAAAGAGACCUACGAACUCUGCACCUCUGCGAAAGGCUCAGUCGGCCGUAGUCAUUCUGUCCUUACAGGCGACAUCACUGACCCAGACUUCUGGUCCACCCUCGACAAGAACCCUUGCUGGGAGCCCAGAAACGGCAGGCUAGAUGUUUUGGUCAAUGCAGCAGGGGUUACGCAUUCGAGCUUGUUAAUCCGCACCUCACAAGCCAAGGUGGACAACAUCUUAAACACCAACUUAAGUGCCGCUAUUCAAGCCUCACGAUUUGCGGCCAAGAGAAUGCUCAGGAAUUCUCCAGAGGCUGAUAAAGGAGCCGGCCAUAUCUUGAACAUCUCGUCUCUGCUCGCUACACAUGGCGGUGUGGGCAGUGUGGCUUACGCAGCUUCAAAGGCAGGCGUGUUGGGACUCACUCGCUCACUGUCUGCCGAACUCGGAAGCAAAGGGAUCAGAGUCAAUGCCAUCUGUCCUGGCUAUGUGGAAACAGACAUGACAAAGGCAAUGUCGCAUGCUGCGAGAGAAGCUGCCGUUGCAAAGAUUCCCGCUGGCAGGUUUGGUACUGUGGAUGAGGUUGCCGAUGCUGCCGUGUUCUUGUGCGGAAACCAAUAUGCGAACAACACAGUGUUGAACCUUGAUGGCGGACUGAGUGCUAUUUAG